CAACUGAUUUAAAAGGUGAGCGUUCAUAUAUGUUUUCUUUCCGCACUCCAUGUACAGUAUAAACAAACUAGUGUUACGAUCCAAACACAAAUUGAAUUUGCAGGUUCGAGCAUUGAUUGGCUAAAAUCGUUUACCUUUGGGUUAGAAAAAGACAGUCUUUAACCCUGCUUAUUGAAUGCUAAGCGGCGAAGGUUAAUGCCUCAUUAGGAUCAGAAAAACUUUUAUUCGAAAGAUGAAGUGAUGAAUUUAACUGACAGAAAUGGCUGGAGAUUUCACCUCGAACCGCAGUAUUGGAAUAAUCAUCGUGGAAGUUUUGGUUUGUGCUCUGAUUGAUGGGUUGUCUCUCUUCGGAAACGUGUUAGUAUCUUUGGCUGUGAUUCGCAGCCCAAAGCUGCGCACUUCAACAAACAUGUUCAUACUCGCGUUAGCCAUCGCUGACAUUCUUAUGGCAUUAAUCUGCAUCCCUAUAACUUGCGGGAUACUUGUAUCAGAAGCCUGGAUCAACACAAGUGUCCUCUGUGAUAUUCAGGGAUUUUCUAUCCUCACUCUGGCUUUCAUGUCAAUAGGCACUUUGGCGCUAACGGCUAUUAACCGCUUUUUUCGAGUUGUGAAACCUGUCAUCUACAGACGCUUCUUCACAAAGAGAAACUCUCUGCUUCUAAUUGGGACGAUGUGGUUAUUGAUCGUCGCCUUUUACGCAACUUUGCUUCUGAGCAAAGCGAGUUACAUUCGUUACGAACCUAGUUACGCAACUUGCGCAGUUGCGCACAGAUUUAUGCAAACAUUGGUGGAAUUUGUGUUUGUUGUUCUAGCUUUCAUAGUUAUCGUUGUGAGCUACACUCUUGUCUUCAACAGAAUACGAAGACAUCAUCUUUCGUUUGUUUCGUCUCUGGUCGGCCAACAACGGAAUUCGAGUAUCUCCGUAGAAGAAAUAAAAAUUUCCAAGCUUCUUUUCAUGACUGUGCUCGGAUUUGCCAUUUGUUGGAUGCCAAGUUUAGUAAUUAUCACAAUGGACCGUAUAUCACCCGACACCACCCCCCCAAGACGAAGGACUUUGCUCUGCACAUACCUCAACUAUCUAAGCGCGGCCUUAAACCCUCUAAUAUACGGCGUCAUGAAUCGUUCCUUCAGAGCAGAAUAUAAAAGGAUCCUUCUCUGUCGCAAGAACCAGAUUGACGUAGCUCAAAAUGGCACCAAAAGUCUUCGGACAUUUACAAACACUGCACGCGCAGCAGUGAUCUGGAAACGAGCCACAGAGAACAAGACGGAAACGGCAAAAGUCGCAUUCGCGUCGAACAACCAAAAUGACUGUAAGAAAACGUCACACGAAGAAAGAGAGGAUUCUCUCUUGCAGCGCUUACGAAGAUCUUCAGAUUGUUCAGGGGUGAUUUCGUUUUCCCAUAUUUCUCGUACUUCUACACCAACUUUAGAGUGACGAGUUUCAGUAGAAAAAAUGUUGUAUUGCGUUGCGAGACAAAAAAUUAUGUGCAUC